GACUGUGUGUGUGUGAGAGAGAGAGAGAGAGAGAGAGAGAGAGAGAGAUGGGUCGGUCUCGCCGGAAGUACAAGAAGUCGAAGGCGAAGGUGCGAGUGGGAUUGCCGAAGAAGAACCCUAAUGUCUUCAAGCCAGCUUUCAAUAUGCCACCAAAGCUUCGGGCUCUCCUCGGCGAUGAUUCCUGCCAAUGGGACGAUAAGGCUAGUGUUAUCCGCAACUACAAGACUUUCGGCGUCGUCUCUAACCCUAAUCUGCUCGGCGUUCGAUCUCGGACUUCGCACAUCGUUGAAAGCGAUUGUCUGCAAGUCCCUACUCCCGAUGAGACCACUCCGGCAGCUCCUGCCCCUGAGUUCGACCCCAUCGAUUCUGGUAGCGAUCUCGAAGAAGAUGAUUUGAAAUCUGCACUAGGGAAAAAACGAAGGGAUGGGAAAACUGCGCCUUUGCAACCUUUGACUUCCAUACAACGUUGUCAUGUCCGUAAACUGAUUGAGAAAUAUGGAGAUGACUACCAGAGUAUGUUCAUGGACACCAAAUUAAAUUCAAUGCAGCAUUCAGUUGCAACUUUGGAGAAACUGUGCAGAAGGUAUUGCGUCAACCAGGAUAAGAACCCCUUGAUUUUGUCCCACUGAUCUUGGUUUCAGAAACUUUAAGUUUGUUUCAUGUCUCUUGUGAGCUUUUGUAUGUUAUGGAUUAUUGGAUAAAUUAUGUUUCCAAAUUCAAGCAUCGUAUGGAUGAAAGAGGUUUAUCAA